CUCUGAUAUGGAGAAACAACGGACUAUCGUCGAUUUGCCCCUGGAGGUACUGGACUUGAUCUUCAAUCAGCUGCGAAAGCACCACGAAAAGCUCAACUUGGCGCUGGCCCACCCGGUUCUGGAGCAUGCCUUUGCCUACCACAGUCGUCAUCUGUUUGAGGAGAUCCGGCCCUGGAGCUACCUGAGCUUUGAAUCCUGGUCGAUCCUUCUGAAGCAUUGCGGCAGGAAUGUGAAAAGCUUGACCACUUCGAUGAAAUGGGAUCCUGAGGUGGGGAAACUGAUUGCCGAGUACUGUCCCCGUUUGGAAACCCUAUGUUGUUAUGUUAAAGACAAACACGAUCAGAGUAUACAGACGUUUCUGUUUCGAAUUAUGGAUCGUCUCAAAUCGGUUGAGAUACAUGUUCCUUAUAAGUUUUAUCCUUCUAUCGUGAGUAGCCUGUUGGCAGCUCCGAAUCUAAGAAAAUUAACCUAUGUGCCCAGUGAUGAAGGAGAAGUAUACGAUAUAAAGAAAUUAAAGAGACUGGAGGAGUUGACAAUCAACACUCGGAAGCACUUGUGGAACUACAGUAUAAAUAUUACCGAAAUAUGUACUCCCCUGAAAAAUCUGCGCACUCUCAACCUAUUAAAUGUGCACUUUAGAACGUUGGGGACUGGGCCUUCAACGACCUGGCCCUCCUUGGAGGAACUGCACAUCAAGGAUUGUAAAAUAUCUGGCGAAAUCCCACUAUGCCCUAAGAUCAAGAUAUUCCUAAUCAGUAAAUGCCGCUUACACCGGAACGGAGUUAUUCACAGUUUCCUGGCCAGUCAUGUCAAGACCUUGGAGAGACUUGAAGUUAAUCGCAACAACCAGUCGAUAACAGCUUUCCAGUUUCUGGAUUUCAUUAAAUUUGCCAAAAACCUAACAUAUUUCACUUGGGGACUAGAGCAUUUCGACCUAGAAAGGGAGAGAUUUCUGAGAGCGCUUCUGAGAAUCCUUAAUGAAAAUGGAUUUUCUGCAGAAAAGCCCUUCGAACUUGUAUCACACAACGAACCCGAGCUCUAUAAUUUAAGUUUAUUGAAUCAUGCGAAUUCCGCUUCAUCCCGGAGUGCGUGUCAGGUGCAAUGGACACAGGACAUGGGACCUGGAGGAGGCUCAACAACUUUCGGUCCCAAAUUCCCUGGCUUACUCAUCAGGUGGGCGGGUGUGCCAACACUGACACCCCACAUCCUGGACCUUGGCAAUGAGGGGCUCGCUGCCAAGGAUCCGAACAAUCGUCGGACUCGAAGCCAAGGACCCGACUUCGAAUGCGGAAAUGCGCAUGCCUGCGUGUCCUUGCCCUUGGUCCUUGGUGUUGGGUCCUCGCCGGGUGGUGCAGUUGUAAUAUUCUGCUUCUCGUAG